GUUCUGUGUUUUCAAGUACUAAAUUAAGUGUUUUAACUACUGUGAUAAGAAAUAAUCGUGACAUCGAUCUAGAGUUAUGCUGCAGACAUGAUUCAGUAAAAUAAUGAGUUCAGUAAUACAGUUUAGAGUACUAUAAUAAGAUAAUAUUAUACAAUAACUAGUUUAGAAGAACCACAAUGACAGAUUAUCUUUCAACUGAGCUUGCAGCCACAUGUGCUGCACUCGGUUAUUAUGAUGGGUCUAAGUAUCAUUUAGACAAGCAUUGUUUAGAUGUUAUAAAAGAUCUGAUUAAAUACUUGAGGAGAGAUGAUGAUUCUCAUGUUGUACGUCAGUUUCUUGGUCAGACAAAAGUACUUCAAACUGAUCUCAUAAAAAUUUUCAUUGAUCAUCCUGAUAAGAUAGAACUGUGGGAAGUCUUGUUAAGGUUGAUUAUUAACAUAACCAGUCCAGUUUUCCUCAUUUAUAAUGAACAGAUACCUACUGAUAAAAUGCAACAUAGUAUCUAUCAGAAAUUAAUUGCGUGUACGCAGGCAUAUAAAGUAGCACUAACUGAUGAACGUAUCUGGGCAGUGCUCAGUAAUAAAUUAAGUGAAAUUCUUAAAAUAGAAAUCGCAGAAAGGGGGGAAGAGAAAGAAUUGAUUAUUGAAAGAAUUCUUAUCUUUAUCAGAAAUAUUUUGCAAAUUCCUCCAGAUGAAAAUGAAAAACGCGUUGAUAACGAUGUAACAGUUCAUGAUCAGGUUUUAUUUGCACUGAACGCGUCAGGCUUAGUUGAUUUGCUACUAUUCAUUGCUAGUAAUAGAAACGAACAGCAGUAUCAUAUGCAAAUUUUGGAGAUCGUGUCGUUAAUGUUGCGCGAUCAGAAUGCGAGUCAAUUAGCGAAAUCUGGUUUACAACGCAGUAUUACUGAGAAAGAAAAGGACGAAGCGAUACUUUUAGCUGCGCGAAUAAAAGAGAAGGAGGUAAAAAUGGAAAAGAUUAGAAAAUUUGCGGGUGCAAGACAUUCGCAUUUCGGUGGUACUUACGUCGUCCAGAAUAUGAAAGCCAUUGGAGACAAUCAAUUAUUGUGUCAUAAACCGUACCAAAAGAUCGAGGCCUUAAACUUUGGCCAAGUGAAGAAUAAAAUGGCAAAACCCAAGAAUAAACGUCCCUUGGCAGAUCCAAGGGGCGAACGAACUUCCGCGCUGAGCGUGAGACUGUUCUUAAAAGAAUUCUGUGUCGAAUUUUUGAACGCCGCUUACAAUCCGGUAAUGAAACACGCGAGAUCGUGUAUAAUUGCUGCGGCGCAGGGGGAACAAAUCGAAACGACUUGUUACUUAUGGGCUAUGCGAUUCUUCAUGGAAUUUAAUCGCAACUAUAAGUUCGAAGUAAAAUACGUAAGCGAAACGAUUUCUACGGAAACAUUUCACAUGGUACAAAGGCAAAUGGACUUUUAUUAUGAGAUGAUCAUUACUGACAAAAAAAAAAUUCCGCUUUGGUCUCGUAGACUGCAUAUAGCAUUGAAAGCGUAUCAGGAACUACUACACACACUGAUGGCAAUGGAUCUGAGUACAGACCGCGGUGUUAAAGAAUCCAGUAGAGUUAUUAAGAGUAAUGUGUUUUAUGUUCCGGAAUAUCGGGAAACGAUUCUUUCUCUGAUUCUCUCGUUCGACUCGGUUAAAAUGUCUCGACAAUAUUUAAUUGACCUAGUUACAACGGUGCACAUUUUUUUAAAAAUGUUGAACAACUUCUGCGGAAAAGAUAAACGUAAUAUACUCGUACAAGAGGUGAAACGCAAGCCGGCGAAGCGCAAGAACGCAAAUAAAAAAAACGCUGUACAGAAAGAACAAUCGGCAGCGCGAAGUUUGGAUGAACGUUGGGAUGAAAUCAGCCCCCAAUUAUCGAUUGUAAUGCAACAAGGAACUAUACCUGUAGUCGUCCCAUUCGAUGCAACGUUGGACGUACCAAUAGACGAUCAAAAGGUCGAGGCAAUGAGGAGAAUUCAAAAGUUGCUGCGAUCGAAAUUCCUCGAGGAAGCUAUUGGUCUCAUCCGCGCAGCAAGAGAUGUCUGGCCUGAGAACGACAGUUUCGGAAGAGUUGACAUUGCACCAGAGGAGGAGUUCUUGGUACUUCGAGAAAUCUUCUUCGCAGACUUGGGUGUAGUCGAAGAGGAGCCUGUCUCGCAGAACGAUAAAGAAAAUAUUGAGAAUCUCCUUAACAGCGUGCCAGAGGAAGAUAACGAUGAGGAUGAGGAUGAGGAAGAAGACUCGGAACCACGCGUCGUUGCCCAUGAGACAGAUUUCAAAUUCGCUGACUUCGUCCAUAGAUUUGCGAACGUCAAGGUUGUAAAAGCAUUGCUAAUACUGCUGCAACAGUUUGAUAAAAAUACGAACGAAGUCAAUCACUAUGUCGUGAAGUUACUUCAUCGAAUAGCGUGGGACUGCAAAAUGCCAGGAAUGAUGUUCCAGGCAUCGAUGUUCCGCGUUUUCCAAAGAAUUCUCGAGUCCAAAUAUCCUAGUCACAAGGAUCUCCAAAAGUUCGCGGUCUUCAUAAUCCGGCGUUUCAUCGAAGUCGCGGAGAAGAACCGGAAAGCGUAUAUGGAGCUGCUCUUCUGGAAGACCUGUCGUGACGCGACCGAGGUCGUCGAGGGUUACAACGCGGAAACGGAUAACAAGAAAGUUUCGCGUGGCCUCUGGACCGAAACCCAGGAGGACGAGUUACGCACUCUCUUUAUGGAACAUCAGACUAACAACUAUCCCCAAGAUGUCAUCGAUUGGAUUUUGGACCAUAUUAACCAAGAGCGAACGCGUCGGAGUAUCAUAAAGAAACUGAAAGAAUUGUGCUUGAUCGUCAAUUCCAAAGCCGUGCGAAACGAGAUACAGAAGAGGCUUCCUAAGGAGUGGUCCGAGGAGGAGAUGGAUCAGCUCAAGGAGCUUUGGGAGCAGCUAAAAGAUGACGACGAUCCAGUGGAGCUGAUCUUCAACGGGCUCACAAUAAAACGGCCGAAGGCAAAGAUCAAGGAGAAGCUUUUGGAAUUAGGAUUGGCCACGGAUCGCAAGCAGCUGCGCAAGAAGCGAUCCAGAAAAAGCAACCACGAAGGUAAAUCGUCGUGGGAAACGCAGUCUGUCAGUAAUUCCGACGAGGAUGAAAGCAGCGACGAGGAGGCUGGGAAAUCCUCCGGCAAUAAGAACAAGACUUCCAAUAAACCGGCGAAGAAGGGAACGAUGGAGAAGAAAAAUGCGAGGAAGCGGCCAGCUAUGGUUUACACGGACGCACAAUUAUCCGGACUCUUGAAGGAUGUCAUCGAAAAAAAUUUGGGCGAAGCUCUCGAAUGGCUGAAGGAAUCCCUAGAGGAUGUCUUGGAGGAUCGAGACGAGGAAAGUUCCGAGGGUAUACCCUUAGUCCCAGUGACAGAUUAUUCGUCGGCCGCGAUGGAUUCGCCGAGCUUUCAGAGGCUUAUUCGAGCUAUGGGAUUGACACCACCCGCUGAUGAACAGGAAUCUUAUUGGCGUAUACCGACUGAUAUGGUCAACCCGAUGAUUCGGAAACGCUGUAUUCUUAUCGAGUCUGCACUGGCAGGGAACUUCACCGUCGAAGAACCGAAAGCAACUACCUCAAAAGACUCUGAAGGCGACGGGAAUAAUGAAAGUGACGACGAGGAUGUUCUCGAAAAUGUUAAGAAGUUCUUUUCUUCCAAAGCCGAACCAUCGACCUCUCGCGAUUCUGAUUCAGAAGCUGGUGUCAGCUCCACACCAGUGUCAUCACGAAGCAUCAAAACUCCUUCGAUUGAACACGUCAAUACGGAAAUGCAGGAAACAGGAACGGAAGACUCGGAGACUGUCGACACUCCCAAGUCUGAUGAUGGAAAAUAUGCCAAGCGUAUCAGUCGCCUUGUCGAUUCGUCUGACUCCGAGAUAGAAACAGAGACCAAUGUGAAAAGCGCUCAAGGGACAUUUGUACCAGAUGAAGGAAAACGACAUCGAUCUGAGGACGGUUCGGACAAGGAGGAUGGAACGACGAAAAAACGUCGCCUGUUAGAUAGCGACGAAGAAAAGGAGCCAUUAACGUCUCAGGAUACCGAGUUGAAACACAGCAGGAUGAUAAUUAGUGACGACGAGGAAGAACCCGCGCAAGAGCAACGUAAUCAACAAAGGUCGUCUCGUGUAAUAAUUAGCGACGAUGAAGAUUAAACCAAGGAGCGAAUCCUCGAAUAUUUAAGAAUGCCUUACCUAAUAAAAUAAAAAUUACAUCUUCGUUCCUAUUUCACAUAUUACUUGAUAUACUUUUGCAUCAAUAUUAACAAAUAAAACCAUUUUAUUUCGAA